AUGCGGGAUUAUAGUGAUGCUAUUGAAAAUGUAAGAAAUAUUAUGGCUACGAUUGUUCCUUGCAAGCUUAGCCAAAAAAUUUCAUCAGAAUUAGAGCACAAUAUUUCUCUUGAUAAGAUCUGUAUAGCUAUUUGUCACAUGAAAAAAAGUAAAGUUCCUAAGUGUGAUGGGUUUCCUAUUGAGUUUUAUAAGGCUAAUACUAAUUUGGUACACAAGAUCUUACCGGAAGUUUAUAAGGAAGCUAUUGAGAAUGGGUAUUUGGGUAAGCAUAUUAAUAGAAGAAUCAUUAAGCUUAUCAUAUUAUCUAUCAACGGACAGACUCAAUUUGUUUCCCAAGCUGCUUGGUUUUCAAGAUCUAUUGAUUGUCAGAAUUUGACGGGCAAAGAAACAGUUGUUUUUGGUGAUACAACGCACGCUGCUUCAAUCACUAAGAUACUUGUUCGAGAAAUGGGGAUUCGUGUGAGUUGUGCAUGUACUUAUUGCAAACAUGAUGCGGAAUGGUUCAAAGAGCAAAUUCAAGGUUUCUGCGAUGAAAUACUGAUCACAGAUGAUCAUGCUGAGGUAGGAGAUAUGAUCGCUCACAUGGAACCAUCUGCAAUAUUUGGUACUCAAAUGGAAUGUCAUAUUGGUAAACGUCUUGAUAUUCCUUGUGGAGUUAUUUCUGCACCAGUUCAUAUACAAAACUUUCCCUUGGGAUACCGACCCUUUCUAGGUUACGAAGGUACUAAUCAAAUAGCUGAUCUAGUUUAUAACUCAUUUGCUCUGGGUAUGGAGGACCAUCUUCUAGAUAUUUUUGGUGGUCAUGAUACUAAAGAAAUAAUAUCCACAUCAUUGUCUACAGAUAUAGGCCUAAUUUGGAAUCCUGAAAGUCGACUAGAAUUAAGUAAAAUUCCUCGUUUUGCCAGAGAAAAGGUAGAAAGAAAUACUGAGAAAUUUGCACGACAAAAGGGGAUUGAAACCAUUACUGUCGAAGUAAUGUACGCAGCUAAAGAAGCGUUGAAUACCUAG